AGAAAAGCAUCACUUUAAACAAGUAACCGCUUUCCACAGCAUUCCCCUUGCCAUAUUGACACGUUUGAGGGAAGCCAAUGGAGACGAAGGUCCAAUCCUUUCAUGUGUAUAUAUACUCAUCUGAUAUCUCUUCAUCCCCAUUCAAAGCUCUCCAAAAGAAGAACACACACACACACACACUAAUAAACCCAUCCAAUCUCUGCUCAUUCUUUUCUUUUGCCUUCUUCAAUCAACCUCCUUACCAUUAAACUACUUCUCUUGUGUAGUUUUUAACAAGAAAGUUAUUAUCUCAUAUCAUAUCAUAUCAUAUAUGUGUAAACCAAAGUCAUCUUCUCCGUCAUUGUUUGUCUCUUCUAACAAAGCCCAUUUCAUAAACCCCAACAAGACCAUGGAUCUUCACACUGAUGAUGAUGGUCUUGGUCUUGAUCUUGAUCUUGAUCUUGAUCUUGAUGAUCAACUCCAUAGAUGGCCAACUCCUACUGAGGCCCUGGAAGAAAUCAAAGCCAUAGGGAAGAUCUCAGGCCCAACAACCAUUACAGGGCUUCUACUCUUCUCCAGAGCCAUGAUCUCCAUGAUCUUCCUGGGCUACCUCGGCGAGCUUGAGCUCGCCGGAGGCUCUCUCUCCAUCGGCUUCGCCAACAUUACCGGCUACUCCGUGAUCUCCGGCUUAGCCAUGGGCAUGGAACCCAUCUGCGGACAAGCUUUCGGAGCGAAACAAUGGAAGCUUCUAGGCCUCACUCUACAAAGAACAGUCCUCCUCCUCCUCUCCACCUCCAUACCCAUCUCUUUCAUGUGGCUCAACAUGAAGAGAAUCCUCUUAUGGUGUGGCCAAGAUGAAGAAAUCUCAUCAGCAGCCCAUACUUUCAUCGUUUUCGCCAUUCCAGACCUUUUCUUCCUCUCUCUUCUCCACCCACUUCGAAUCUACCUAAGGACUCAAAAUAUUACAUUACCAGUAACUUACUGUUCAGCCGUUAGUGUACUCCUUCACAUACCACUCAAUUUCAUUCUCGUAGCCUAUUUCAAGAUGGGUAUUGCAGGAGUAGCCAUAGCAAUGGUCUGGACAAACCUCAAUCUCUUCAUUUUGCUAUGUUCAUUCGUAUACUUGUCGGGAGUGUUCAAAGACUCAUGGGUUGCUCCGAGCAUGGAUUGUCUUCGAGGAUGGUCUUCUCUUCUCACACUCGCAAUCCCAACUUGUAUCUCAGUCUGUCUCGAAUGGUGGUGGUACGAAUUCAUGAUUCUUCUCUGUGGACUCCUUUCAAAUCCCAAAGCAACAAUCGCUUCAAUGGGUAUUCUAAUCCAAACUACCUCUCUAGUCUACGUCUUCCCAUCAUCACUCAGCCUCGGAGUCUCCACCAGAGUCGGCAACGAGCUCGGCGCCAACCGCCCAACGAAAGCCCGCAUUUCGACCAUCGUUUCCCUAGCCUGCGCGGCGGCAUUAGGCGGCGCCGCCAUGAUGUUCACCACCCUGAUGAGGCACAGGUGGGGGAAAUUUUUCACUAAAGAUUCCGAGAUUUUGGAACUGACUGCAGUGGCAUUGCCGAUCGCCGGACUAUGUGAGCUCGGAAACUGCCCUCAAACCACCGGGUGUGGGGUGCUGAGAGGCAGUGCACGGCCGAGUAUCGGAGCCAAUAUCAAUUUGGGGUCUUUUUACUUGGUGGGUAUGCCGGUGGCGAUUUAUAUGGGGUUUGUAACGAAAAUGGGGUUCGCCGGACUGUGGCUCGGGUUGCUUGCGGCUCAGGCGACCUGUGCUUUGCUCAUGAUUUUUGUCUUGUACAAAACAGAUUGGAAGCUUCAGGCAGAGAGAGCUAGAGAGCUCACACAAUCUUCUUCUUCUUCAUUUUCUUCUGUAUUACCGAUAUCAAUGUCGCCAGAGAAUGGUGUUGAGGGGAUGAUGAAGAAGAAGAAGAAGAAGAUGAGUAAUUUGGAAGAUAUUUUGUGCAGUGAUAACAAUAAUGGUGAGUUGGUGAAGACAGCUUCUUCUCCGCUUGAAACAGAGCCUCUCAUAUCUACUACUACUGCUACGACUACCACAAAGAUUGUUGUUCAUUGAUUAGAGUACUUGCUUGUCCAUGGCCACCAUUUUUUUGCCCCCACUCUUUGAAGAGUUGAUGUGAAAAUUGUUCUUUAAAAUUAACUCCAUUGUACUGUAGAGUGGAGAGCUUUUGUUUGUACUUUUUAUUCCUAGCUCUCUCUUGCUUAUUUGCUCUACUUUUUUAAAAAAAACAAAAAACAAAAAAACAAAAAAACAAAAAACAAAAAAUUUAAGAUGCUGUAAUAAUGUAAUUGCAUAAUAAAAAUGGAAGAACACAUCUUGUGUUAGUUCUCCAUA